GCCUUGCCGAGGUGUAAACAUUGUUUUGAGGCUCACCAUUCCACGACAUGAAAAUUCAAAUAUUGUGCAGCAUCUUGUUGGUAGCGGUAGCUUGUGUCUAUGGUAGCGUAUUUGAAGACGAUUUUGGCCCAGUAUGUGGACCCGACUUUUACCCGAACGGGUUGGGAAGAUGUGAGUCUUGUGACACUUGUGGAAUCUUGAACCAUCCUCCUGCGGGUUGUUCACAAUGCGGGAAACCAUCCACAACACCUGAAAUAAAAGUAACUGAAUAUAGCACAACGAGUAGUAACGCCGUUCACACACAGAAUAAUAGCCCAGAGGGCGCUGGAACAUCACCAUGGAUCAUCGGAGUAGUUUCUGUCGCAAUUGCGGUGGUGCUCAUCGCUGCUGCUGUUGUUGGUGUUCUUUGUAUAUUGCUACGUAGGAAGAAGUCGAAUGCUCGUGACUGUGAAAACAACGCCAAUACCGGAGGACACCUAAACCUAGACGAGAAUGCACCGCAACAAACAUGCGUGAUUUAUAAUCAAGAGAAAAACAUAAGCAAUGAAGUACUGGUGGACACUGGGGGUUACCAUGACGAUGUUGCAAACCAUCACGGUCUCCAAAACGUUACUGAAGGGGCAGAAGAUAGGAGCAUACGAAAUGGAACUUCUACUCCUGUUACUGAAUCACCCACAGGAAACGUGGGACCUUCACAGCGUGUGAUGUCUCCAGUGAUGCCUGAGCCAUUUGGCUUAGAACAGGAACACGGAAGUGACAACUAGAUUUAUCUGAGGUCUUAUGUAAUUAUAAAGCAGUGUUCUCCACGAGGGGUUUUAGCAGGGCGCAGCGCCCUGCAUAGGAAGUCGUGCGCCCUGCAUCGGUCAACAAGCACCCUGCAUUCACAUUUCCCACCCCGAUCAAAUACAUUGUAUUGUUACUUGAGUAUUCAGUGUUCUCCACGAGGGGUUUAAGGGAGCGAAGCACCCCUCUUUAAUUUAUUUGCGCCCCUCUUCAAUUUGUA